AUGUCCGGCGAAUUCCUAUCCCAUGCUCCAGGCACUGCAAUCACCUUCAAAGACCAGAGCCCCAGCAGAGAGUCUGGAGCCACAGCUGAGCUUUUGGAGGAAGUGGAAGAAGUGGAGAUGGCGAUACAGGACCAACACCAAAAUGAGUUGGAGGGGAGAGGGGGAGGGAGAUGGAGGAGAAAGAGGUAG